AUGGCGCACUGUAAUGACCAUAGAAAACAGAAAUAUAAAUGCCACUUUUUUCUAGAACAUUCAAAUAUUCCUCAAAUUUGGAACAUACAAAUCUAUGCAUCUAUGGAACGAACAUUUACAUCAAUGGAUAUAUGGACGGAACAUUUCUAUAUACGGAUAUAUGGAGGGAAAAUUUCUACAUAUAGAUGCGCACCAAAUCAGGAACAUACAAAUCAAUGGUUUAAUGUAUGGAAAAUUGUGACACACAGAUAUAGGGCGCAAUCACUGGAACAUAUGUAUGUGCAACAAAAAGUGACAUUCAAAAAUAUGGUUUCUAGGAUGGAAUAUUCGAAUAUACAUAUAUAUUGUUUCACUUUUGGAAUAUAG